AUGUCUUUACUCAAGAGUAUCGUCAAAGUGCUGGCAUACCGGAAAAUCGGCGUAUUGCUGAGUAUGCAUACACUAACAUCGACGGAUAGUGGAAGUCUCUGGUACAGCGACACGAUCUCGGAAGAUGAUUUCCUGGAUGCCAUUGACACGCUAACGGAUAAUCUCUGCAGUAAGACGUACUGGAACAUCAUGGGGAUUGAUGUUAAGAACGAACCUUCGAAGGCUACGUGGGGUGACGGGUCUGACACGGAUUUCCACGCUGGAGCCAAGAAGAUCGCAGAUCGAAUGCUAGACGGCUGUUCUAACUGGAUGGGCUUCGUGGAAGGCAUCAACGCCGACCACACGGUCACGAUCGAUGGUACAGACUACGACUACUACGACUGGUACGGUGGUGGUCUGCAGGAUGCAGCAGACUACCCUCUUACAUUCAGCACGGAGAACAAGGUGGUCUAUGCACCACACUACUAUACUCCUGCUGUUUACCCUCAGUCGUACUUCUAUAAUGGAGGCACUCAGGACUCGAACGGUGCAAUUUCCGACUAUGUCGAGAUCGAUGAUGAUACACUGAAGGCACGAAUUAAAGCCACAAUGGCCGAUAUGUUCGGCUUUCUGGGCGACGACAACUCGUCUGCGUUGUUACUGGGUGAAUUUGGAGGUCUUUACUCGAAGGAUCUGCACCCGGAACUCACUACGCAACGCUGUACGGAUCUGAGUAUGGAGGUGAUUGUGGAAAGUGGCUGGGCGGGUGGGUUUGUAUGGUCUUUGAACCCUGAAAGUGCCUACCAAUACAACCCUGCCGAUACCUAUGGUACCUUUACGGAAGGUAUCCUUGAGGAUGACUGGCUGACCGCUAAUAGCGAGUUCCUCAAGGGCAUGACUGUCUUCAACGACCUAGCGAACCUACGCUCAAUGCCCUGCUUUGAGGUGGAGGAAUCAGCGUCUGGAUCAGACUCGUCCAGCUCAAGUUGAUAGGACCAGCAAGCGCUGGAUGAUAAAGCCCGAUCGGCUACGAGUACUUGCUUCGUCUCGAUGGGUUUUCGCUAAUUAGGCUGCACGAAGACCUUGUAAAUGUACAUGCA